CCAACCAUGGCGGAAUGUGGUCGAGUUGACAGCAACACAAGUGGUCACACCAUGGAUAAAAGCAUUACCCUUCCACCAGAUGAAAUAUUCCGCAAUUUGGAGAACGCAAAGCGCUUUGCUAUUGACAUAGGUGGGUCUCUGACUAAGCUUGCUUACUACUCAACUGUUCAACACAAAGUGGCCAAAGUGCGAUCCUUCGACCACAGCACAAAGGAAGCAGCCAGCGACAAGCUGUAUGAAAUAGCCGUGCAGGAAGAAGUCACUGCUCGCCUGCACUUCAUCAAGUUUGAAAAUGCUUACAUUGAGACUUGCUUGGACUUCAUUAAAGACCACCUGGUCAACACUGAGACCAAAGUCAUCAAAGCCACAGGUGGAGGGGCGCACAAGUUUAAAGAGCUGAUAGAAAGGAAACUAGGACUUAAAGUGGACAAAGAAGAUGAAAUGACCUGUCUCAUCAAGGGCUGUAAUUUUGUGCUGAAGAACAUCCCCCAUGAGGCGUUUGUGUACGCCAGACACGCAGACUCAGAGUUCCGCUUUCAAACCACAAAUCCUGACAUCUUCCCCUACCUGCUUGUGAACAUCGGCUCCGGGGUUUCCAUAGUUAAGGUUGAGUCUGAGGAUAAAUUUGAGCGAAUAGGUGGAAGUUCAAUAGGUGGAGGAACAUUCUGGGGUCUUGGAGCAUUGCUUACCAAAACAAAGAGGUUCGAUGAGUUACUACAGCUGGCCUCUAAAGGACAGCACUCCAGCGUGGAUAUGCUCGUUAAAGACAUUUACGGAGGGUCGUAUGCAUGCUUGGGUUUGACUGGAGAUCUUAUUGCAAGUAGUUUUGGGAAAUCUGCAACAGCUGAUAAAGAGUUCUCUAAAGAAGACAUGGCCAAGAGUUUACUCCAUAUGAUCAGCAACGACAUCGGACAGCUGGCCUGUCUGUACGCCAAACUGCACAACCUAUCCCGAGUGUACUUUGGAGGCUUCUUCAUCAGAGGGCACCCUGUCACCAUGCACACAAUAACUUAUAGCAUCAAUUUCUUUACCAAGGGUGAAGUUCAGGCUCUGUUUCUUAGACAUGAAGGAUACCUUGGAGCCAUCGGAGCUUUUCUCAAAGGAGCAGAAGAAGACAAUCCAAAUCAGUACAGUUGGGGUGAAAAUUAUGCAGGAAGCUCUGGUUUGAUGAGUGUCUCUCCUGACAUGAACCCAAUGCAGCGAGCUCGCAGCGGAACAUUUUCUUUUGACAUGUUGGAGAUGGACCGUCUAGAGAGGCAGCUGGUGAACCUGCCUCUACUCCAAGAUGCCUCCUCCUACAUCCCAGACACCGUCGACCUCACAGAGGACGCCCAGGCCCGGGAAUACUGGUUAUACUGCUUUGAAGAAGCCUUAGAUGGAGUUGUAAAGAGAGCUGUAGCGAGCCAGCCAGACAUCCCGGAGGCAGCCGAGCGAGCCGAGAAGUUUCGUCAGAAGUAUCGACACAAGCUUCAGACUCUCCGUCAUCAGCCAUUUGCUUAUGGAUCCCUCACUGUCAGAAGUCUGUUAGACACGAGGGAACACUGUUUAAACGAGUUCAACUUUCCUGAUCCCUACUCUAAGAUUAAAGAGAGGGAGAACGACGUCGCUCUCAAGUACUAUCAGAAAGCAGUGAAGUCCUUGGACGAGCUGAGCUGGGAGGACAGACAGUUUGCGAUAGUGAAGGGCGUUUUGGCUGGGAAUGUUUUUGACUGGGGAGCCAAGGCCGUGUCAGAGGUGCUGGAGUCUAACCCUGAAUUUGGGUUUGAAGAAGCUAAACGACGGUUAGAAGAGCGGCCAUGGCUCGUUGAUUCCUUUGACCAGUGGCUUGAGAGACUAAAGGGUCCUCCUCAUAGGUGUGCCUUGUUUUUCGUAGAUAAUAGUGGAGUAGACAUCAUUUUAGGGGUGAUGCCCUUUGUCAGAGAACUUCUUUCCCGAGGAACAGAAGUUGUGUUGGCCAGCAAUUCUGGUCCUGCUUUAAAUGAUGUAACAAACAGUGAACUCCAGAUUCUGACAGAAAGAAUCGCUGCUAUGGAUCCUGUUAUUAAAUCUGCCUUGAGGGAGGAUAGGUUGACAUUAGUCCAGAGUGGCUCCAGUUCCCCCUGUUUGGAUCUGAGUCGUUUGGACAAGGUCCUGGCAAUGGUGGUGAGGGAGCGGCAGACCGACCUGGUGAUCAUCGAGGGAAUGGGCCGAGCCAUCCACACCAACUACUAUGCCAUGCUCAGCUGCGAGAGCCUCAAGAUGGCCGUCAUCAAGAACUCGUGGUUAGCGGACCGACUGGGAGGAAAGCUCUUCAGCGUGGUCUUCAAGUACGAGGUUCCAGCUGGAAAAGCCCAUUAGCACACCACAGCUUCGACACCAUGGAAACCACGUAGAAGUAAAAAAAAUAAAUAAAUCACAGUAGUUGAUCGACUAGAACAUCUUGAGUGGAGCUUUGAAUGUAAUGACUGGGAUUGUAAAUUGUAAUUGGGUGAAAAUAAGGUUGUUUUUAAGGGUGAUAAUUUAUAGAAGAAUUUUACAUGUUUUUUUUUUUCACUUUGCUGAUUUUACUAUUUCAUGAAUUCCUAGGAGUUUUUCUUUUUACUCCAAGUUUCUAUCUGGCUGCAUUUCCAGUUAUUGCUGGUGGGUCUCAUCCAUCACCUGAUAACUUAUCACUGCCUGCGUUUAAAAUGCUUCUGUUUAUAUAAAGUAGAAGCUUCUGGUUGGUUUGUUGAAUUGCUACAGGAAGGAAUAGUUGGAUCAUUGGCAUUGCCUCACAUAUAGCACUCUUUAUUGAUACCACAGAGUAUUUAAUGUGCCUUAAGCUUAAUGUGAAUUAAACAUCUUUCACUCAGAUUGCUUUUUAUCGUUGUUGGUAGCCAAAUUGUUUUGCUCCAACUCACUUUUGUUGCACAUACAUGAAAGGUGAAAAAAAAUCACAAUUUUAUGACUGCCAGCAAAUGGAGAUCAACUGGAGCCUCUGCCAUCGGUGAUAUAGUCAGAAGAUAUUUGAUCAGAGGGUAAAAACAGCACUUUAUCACAGCAUUUAAAGGCGUCAGUGUUUAUUCCUCCACUGGGUGGCAGUAUUCUACUGUGUAGAUAUAUUUUUUUUCUUGAUCAAACCCUUCCAAGGUGUCAAAUUAACAUCACAUAAUUCAUAGUAAACAUUUUGCAAGCUUCACAAUAUUGCAAUUGGCACUUAUUCACAGUUCACUGGCAUGCUUGAAUACAGGCUCUUCUCUGUGCCUGAAAAACUAAAAAAAACUAAACAUAGUUUGAUGCAAUAAUACUGAAGCACCCGGUCGAUAUAUUGUCAUAGUGAAGUUAGUGGGUGUAUAACUUCAUAAGAAAAAAUAUCUGAUUCAAGGUAUGAAAACUGCCUCUAGACAUUUGGACUCAUGCUUUGAUGAUUGAUUUCUCCUCUUGUACAUAUGUGAUAUAUGUGUGUUUGUGUAAAUAUAUCCAUAUUACAUAAAAUCCAACUGGAUCUCUUCACUUAGCCUCACAAAGCACAAAUUUUGUGUAUUUUUCUUCUGACAAUCAGUUUUAAAUAAAUGGUGAAAACCUUUCAU